AUGGCGAGGAUGAUGUGUAGCUGCGCCGGCGAGCCAGCGGUGCGCAAGGGCCCGUGCAAGCUGGAGGAGGAUCUGAUCCUCGCCGGCUACAUGUCCCAGCACGGGGAGGGCUCCUGGGACAACCUCGCGCGCUCUGCUGGUCUGAACCGGAACGGGAAGUGCUGCAGGCUGCGGUGGCUGAACUACCUGAGGCCGGGGCUGCGACGCGGAAGCAUCUCGCCGGAGGAGGAGAUGGUCAUUCGGGUGCUCCACGCGAGGCUGGGGACCAAGUGGGCCGAGAUCGCCAAGCACCUCCCCGGCUGA